AUCCAGAUCCAUCGCAGAAAAAAUCGGUUCCGGCCGCCGGAGACAAUCGCAGUGUUUGACACGCGCCAACUACACACGGCGCACCGAUGGCAGCCAUGCUCUCUACCAGUGCCAUGCUCCCGAGCUUUAUCUCCUCUUCGUCGCGUAUCUCCAUCACUCCCGUGACCACUACAGCCAGCGUGCAAAGAUUCAGGACAAAAAUGUUGUCGUCGGUGACUCAGACUGAAAGUCCAAUCGUGCUUGGAUUUGGUGGUGUGGGGGUGGAUCUCUUGGCUACUGUGGCUACGUUCCCUAACCCGGAUGACAAGAUUCGAAGCACCAGCUUAAAGGUACAAGGAGGUGGUAAUGCAGGAAACGCUCUAACUUGUGCAGCUCGUUUAGGAUUGAAUGCAAGGUUAAUAUCCAAGGUUGCUAAUGAUGCUCAAGGGAGAGGAAUACUGGAGGAACUAAAAGCUGAUGGUGUAGAUGUAUCUUUUUUUGCGGUUUCUGAAGAGGGUAAUUCACCAUUUACCUAUGUCAUUGUAGACGAUCAAACGAAGACUCGAACUUGUAUUCAUACACCAGGGUGGCCUCCAAUGAUUCCAGAUGAGCUUUCCAGUUCAUCUUUACUAAGUGCAUUGGCUGGAGUGAAGCUUGUUUAUUUUGAUGUACGGUUGCCUGAAACGGCUCUAGUUGUAGCACAUGAGGCAAAUCGCAGGAAAAUACCUAUUUUAAUUGAUGCUGAAAGGUCAAGGGAAGGCCUCGAUGAUCUUCUAAAUUUAUCAGACUAUGUUGUGUGCUCGGCUAAACUUCCACAGACAUGGACUGGAGCCCCAUCUGUUGCAAGCGCACUUGUUUCUAUGCUGUUAAGGUUGCCAAAACUCAAGUUUGUUAUCGUAACUUUAGGUGCAGAUGGUUGCAUAAUGCUCGACAGAAGAAACAUAUCUGAGAAUGUCGAAGCUGAAGAAAUGGAUGUAGAUGAUUUAUUAGAGAUAUUGAAACGCAAAUCCAGCACUCUUUUUUCACCUGCCCCGACAUGCAUUUCAUCGGAGGUUACAAGAUUGCAGGCAAAGGGAAUCGGGAAUGUGUGUGGAAAGCUGCUCAUUGGCACGGCUGAGAAGAUACCACAGUCGGAGCUGGUGGAUACAACAGGUGCUGGAGACGCAUUCAUAGGAGCAGUCCUGUAUGGCAUUUGCACCAACAAGCCACCAGAACAAAUGUUACCUUUUGCAGCUCAAGUGGCAGCCAUCACUUGUCGAGCUUUAGGAGCUCGUGCGGGUCCACAUCUCACAGAUUCUCGUUUAGCACCAUUUUUACAUUAACUAAUACUACUGCUGUUGCAGGUAAACUAAGUUUCAUGCAUGUAUUCAUUGUAUCUAAUGCAUUCAGAGUUGUACAUUAAAAAAACAUGAUUGGUCUGAUGUUUCCCAGAUAGGAAAUUGCCUUGUUCUUAACAAACAACUGAGGCUGCUAAACAUUACAAUACCACCACCUUCUAGUCUUGCUAAUAUCUAACUAACGACACAAAACAUGAUCCAAAAUAUAGCAACAGAUUUUGCCACCCAGAGUUACACCACUUGAUUUAAAAGUCAAAAGUUAAAACAUCUACUACAACAUGCUAUCAGCCAUUGUAGGCAGCCUCUUGAAAAAACUAACACCACUGGAUGGCAACUUGUUCCUGAACCUGGGUGGCCUCAGAAAGUACAAUCCCCAAAUCGCCACCACCCACCUGAUUGGCACCAAGUAAAACCCAAAAGCAGCAAAGAAACAAACCACCACAAACAAGAAGGACGCCCUCGGGUCUCGCCAGCUCAGCAACGCCUGGAACCUCUCCCCUUGAGUCGCCAUGUCACCAACCACCGUCUGGAUCCUCCCCGCCACACUCCUCAGCCUGUCAUACCUAAUCCUCACAACCUCUGCGCUUCUGCUCGUUGGAAAAGAGUCAAACUCCUCAUCUAAUUCAUCCGGGUGAACGCUUUCCGCAUACGACAGGCGUGUGUCCAUGUGAGGUGGGUACCGGGGGCGUAAUCGGUAUUUCCAUAGUCCAAUAACCGCAAACCCCAACAGAAUCGAUGGCACAAUAAGCUCCGGCAUCAGUACCAGAAUCAUAAAAGUAACCACAAACAUGCUCGAGUAAACCGGCAUGUUCCAGUUCCUCAUCGCAUCAAUCACCCGGUUCACGAACACAAGCCAACCCAACACUCUCUGGAGCCGGAAGAAAUUAGCUUUGCUCUUCCUCAUGCUCCACAUAUGAGAAUCAUGAUCCAGCAUGUACUCCACCACUUCCCUCCCUAGACUCGGCUCGGCUCGGCUCAGCCGCGAAGCCACCACAUUCAUGGCUUGGUACCUCAAGCUAUCUAACUGGCUCACAGACAAAGGCUGUACGUAGUGCAUCUUAGGUAGUAAAGGCAUUGUGUACAUGUGAAGCAUGUUCAGCAUGUUAGCACAAGAGAAUCUAACAGCCAAAUGAAGCUCGCCCAUUUUCUUAACACCAGAAGGAUGCAACAUCAAUAGCGGGUAUGCAUGGGUGUACACCCGGUCUGACUCAAGUGUAGACAACCGGAUCCGGACUUUUCCGAUCCGUGAAUCACGUGUGCCCGCCCCAUUACCAGUCGGGUUCUUAUCGACCCGCGAAUUGUCGAAAACCCCAAUUGUGAUCACCGUGCACGGAUCGAAAACUUCCCAGGUGUACUGCUCGUUCCAUUUCGGAGCCAAACUAUCCACAACGGUUCGGGUCCUGACCCAUUUCUGGCCGUAUUUCGCCACACAGUAAGCAUCCGUGGACCCGCCUUUACCUUCUUUCAUCUUCAUUGGCAUAAGAUUAGAAGCCCCAAGAAUACCCAUCUCAAGAACACCGAUAUGAGGCUUCCAUAGCUGCUUAGCUGUAGGCCUAACGUCACUACUAUACAUUGUAGCUUCAUCAAGCACAUGAUACCCACCAUCAAGUGAGGCCCGUAUAUGGAUCCGAGAAGCAAACCUAACAACUGAUUUUGACUCAUUCGGGUUACUCGAAUGCCCAUCAAGAUUAUACCACCUUGAAGCCACUUCCUUUGAAUCCAACCUCCUGUUAAUAACCGAAACCGGAAGCAUGACCCGACCCACAACCUCCUCACGGUUCGGGGCGACCCGGUCCUCCACAGAAAAAAUCACAUAAUCCUCAAACGGCUCGGCCACCACAAACAUUAAGUCCUCAUUCCAAAACGGGUUUGAGAGGCUGCGAUUGGCCAUGGCCGGGGCGACCCGGGUUUUUAAAACCUGGUUUCCGACUUGUACUUUGACAUUAAGCUCAGGGUACCUCAUUAAAGAUGUCCCUUUUUCACCCAAAACGACAUCUUGUGCUUCAAUCACGGAAACCCUUAAGUACCAUAGUUUAGGUGAAAGAUAUACCUUGGAUUGAAUUGAACAAAGCCCAUCUAAAUGCACGUUCGCAGCCUUUGAAUGCCAUGCCUCUGAGAAAGCUUCAUCCGCUUGAGUCCCAAACCAAAUUGCUACCAUAACUUCUCCACCUUUCCCUCUCUCCCCUCUCUUAUCAUCCAUUCUGUACCAUUGUGGUGCCAGUUGACUGUCUGGUGGGACCCUUUUAGGGACUUCAUUCAGGUCAAACCAAACACGACCCAAGAAAUCAUCUUUGUCUCUCUCCUUCACAUAUAUUUCCACCAUGGAUGAUUGUAUCGUGUCUUUGCAAAAUGCAAAUACUUGGUCCCAUUCUGCGUUGUUCAAAGCAGCCCUCUUUGUGAUUCCUCUGUAGUUUCCAAGUUUCACCUCCGCCACCAGCUCUCCGCCACCGACCACCGGGAUUUCACGGCCUUUCACCACCCUUAUGUAAAGAUACUGCAUUUGCUCCACCAGGUCAUAGGUUGAGCUUGUCUUGUCUUUGUUCAACAAACCCCCACCAAGAUGCGGAUUUGUUUCUUUCAAGGAGUACUCGUUUGACCCACCGGAAAACAACCCUACACGACCGCCGCCCCCACCACCAACACCGCCACCUGGUACAGCCACGUUCAUGGCGGGGAUGGGUGGACCCGGGAUGGAAGUGAUGACAACUGGCUUGAGGUCACCCUGGUUCGGGUCGGGUUUGUUGGUCAUCUGGUUCGGAUGUGUCAUUUUCUUGUUUUCCUGACCCCCACCGCCAGCCCCACCCAUUUGCUGGUGGUUCUGAACCACCGUGUUGGCAUUUUGCUGCUGAAACUUGUUGCUUUUCUUGGAAACCCCACCAGAAACCACCACCCCACCACCACCACCUUUGACAUGCUCUUUUACAGACAAAUAGAGUUUGAAUGUGAUCUCCCCGCGCACGUGAGAAAAAAGGCUCCUUUUAUCAAGCGUGUGAAGCUGUGGAAUGAGGUCCUCUUGGCCCUCCCUGGCAAUGCUGGUGCCGGAGACCCUAACCUUACCCAAGAAAUUCCGGCUGUUGUUUGACCGUUUCUCGUUAAACACGUUGACUUCAAUGGUUCUGUAAGGGAGGUCAGCGACGUCGUUUACAUGAAACACAAGCUUCUCAUUCCAAACAGGGUUAAGGUCUUUGUAUUUGACUUGAGUCCUUUGCCUUUGACCUUCAAACUCAACUUCAACAAAGGCAGAAGAAGAACCCUCUCCAUCUUUAGGCAUCAAGUUGUGGGCCCCCAGCACUUCCACUACAAGCUUCUCUUUACUCAUUCUUCUCUUCGAUUCAAACUUGUUCUUCUACUUUUUAGAUAGAUAGAUAGAGAAAAUGGUGGAAAAGAGUGUUUUUUUUUACAGAGAACCCAAAACGACAAUGGAGUGGCUCAAGAAGAUGACUGAUGAAGAAUACCAACAGGUGGGUUGGUUGCCCGGAGAGAGAGAGAGAGAGAGAGAGAGAGAUAGGGAGAUGGUGAUGUAUGGAAACUAGACAAGACAAGAGAAAGAGAAAGUGAAAU